AGUAGGGAUAGAAACCACCCACAGUCCUGAAAGUAUUACAAGUACAACUUCAGUAAAGACAAGUUAACUUAACGUAGCAUUUACUACAUUUCCCUUUUAUAAAAUAUAAAAGAAAGUUUAUUCCCGUCGUGUCAAAGGUUAUUGCGCAUGGCAUCUGGGCAUUUCGAAAUCGCGCGGGACUGAGGAAAGGUUGAAGACGUUUUAUCGAGAUAAGUUUCAAGCACCUCUUGAUUGACCGCCUUUUGCUUUAAAAGGACGGAGCCAGCAGUGAUGGCUAACAUCAUGGACCCAGACAUCAUGGACAGUCUGUUUGACAUGCCUGAGUACGAGGAGGAGGAGGAUGACUUCCCUCCCCUCCCCCCACCCCUGCCUCCCCUGUCCCCCAGCAGGGAGGAUGGGGAGGAGGGGGGGCAGGGCGACCCCACGGCUAAUGGAGAAGAUGCAGAUGACAUUGGAGGGAAGAUGCUGGCAGCCAUGGAGGAUGUGCCCAUGGCAGGGAAGAAGUCACGCAGGAAGCCUCAGCCUAAACUAGAUGCGAAAAGGCUGUGUGGUGAGCGCGGCAUCCCGUCCCUGCCCAAACACUUUGACAAGGUGAAGUUUGCAGGGAAGGGCCAUGAGAAGGAGGACCUGAAGCUGCUGAUGCGCACCAUGGAGCACUGGGCUCACAGGCUAUUCCCAAAACUCACCUUCGAUGAUGUCAUCGAGAAGGUGGAACAACUGGGGCAGAAAAAACCUGUACAGGUGUGUAUGGAGAAGCUUCGGAUGGGCAUGCCUCUCCUGGAUGAGGACUUUGUCAGAAGAGGAGAUGAUGAGGACCAGGCUGAUGAGGCUGGUGCAGGUGCAGGUGCAGGUGCAGGUGCAGGUGCAGGUGCAGGCAGUGAUCAAGACACAGACUCCGGUGCCCAGCCAGCCUCCCAGCCGGGCCCCAGCCAGCCCACCGGUCUGACCGCAGAGCAGCGGGAAAAGAUGGAGCACAACAGACGUCUGGCAGAGGAGCGAAGAAAAGCACGGCUCCAGGCUCUACAGCAGGGCCAAGAAGAUGCUGUCCCAGGACCAAGCAGUGCUCCUGACCAUGACAGCUCCACCAUGGACACCUCACUCACCUCUGAAGAAGACCUUAGCUCUAACAAAGUGCCCGAUGACCUUGAUCAGGACAUACAAAAGCCUGCAGAAAACAUGAAGCAAGAUGGUUCUGACACCUCACCAAUCACACCAGCCUCCUCUCAGCCUGCACCAGGGGAGACUAGUGAAGAAGCUAUUUUACAUGUAUCCCACAAUGCACCAGACACCAAUGGUGCUCCAGAGCCGGAUGAUUCAAAUGAAGGAAGCGGUUCUGGUUUGGAGGGCAAGCUUAAGUGCCAGAGCAAACCGUCCGAUGAAAACCUACAAACUGUAGUUGAAAACAACACUGAUGAACAGGAACCAGUACAAGCUAAUGGGUCCAAGGAACAGGCAUGUUCUCAUGAUGAAAAUGUGUAAUUGGCCAUGUCCCCUUUUAUGUAAAGAUAGCUUUAAAUAUGUUAUUGCCAUAGCAGGAAAUCUCACCAUAGCUGUCUUUUCCUCUUGUUUUGCCAGAGAUUUUACGGGGAAUGAGUCCGAUUGUUGAAGCAAGGAUGGUGAAGAGCAAGGCUGUCUUCAUUUAUUAAUUAUUUUCCAUCCUGCUCAUUGUUAGAAAUCUAUGAAAACUGCCAGUUUAAGCUUACAGAAAUACAUUUUUAUCAGUUUCACAUCAUGAAUGAUGAAGGUAUAUGUGAGAGGAGGCCUUCUAAAGCUUGCUAUACCUGUCAGUUAGUAUGUUCCAGAUUGAAAUAUGACAGCAGAGGGUGUUUUUGUCAUAUUGUACAUAAAUAAUUGUGUGCAUGUGUACUAUUAUCAGUACCCAUUAGGAAGUUGCUGAGACCAUUGCAUUGCAGCUACCACCCUAACUUGUCUCUUAACUUGUGGCCAAAAUGUUUCCCAUCACAGCUUCUGGUAUUAUAUGUAGAUUUGUAAGAAAGCAAAGUAUUUUGCAUAGAGAAAUUCCCUUUCUUGUCCCUUGAAGUAAUAGCAGAGAUCCCCAUUUAAUUUAGACUGUCAUUACCAUCUGAGGGAAUGCAUAUAUGGUCCAUUUUUUCAGGACCUUGAUGUAAAAUUCUGUGAGGGUUUCCUUAGUUGUAAAUACGUGCUACACUGUUUCCAAAAGCUUUUCUGUUGAAUGUUGUUGGGCAAUAUUUCCAUUCUUGCCUUUUUAAUAUCCAGACGUUUUAGGUCUUGAAAUGAUACUAAGAGUCUAUUUGUAACUUGGCUUACAUACAUGUACAGGAAUGUCAGGAAAGCUAUGGAAACAGCCAGCACAUGACGAGUCGGAAAUCAAACAUUGACCAAGACGGAAUUAAAGCUGUUGAACAA